AGGGGGCCAGUGGUGCUUGUUGUGGUGCGCGGAAGGGACGUGAUGUGCUCGCGCUCAGACGGUUCGGCCACAUUUGCCUUUGUUUUGCCUCUUUCGAAGGUUUGAUUAUGACACGCUAGUGAUGGAUAAAGCAGCGAACAGUAGCCGGCACGACGCGUGGCGCGGAUGAGAGCCAGGUGCUAUAAUGAGACGAUGCUGGUGGUGAAGAGCACGAGGCGGGCCGCCGAGAGCAGCACCACGUGAUCGCGAUCGCCGCGAGAACCCGCAGCCAGGCCGUGUUGCGGUGCCUGAGGAGGAGGUGGAGCAGGCGGGGAGUGUUGCGCCCUGGGACUCGGGUGCUCGAACCUCGCGCGCGCACUCGUGUAGGCGCCUGGAGUGCCUUUGUGCCUGCACGUGUAGUGAUAAGUGUGUCAAAUAUUGUGAUAACUUAGUGGUGGAAGCUAAGUCCGAGUAAAUGUAAGGUGUGGUGGUUCCCAGAAAAGGAAGCAUUCAUGAUGCGUGAAUUCAAGGUGGUGGUGCUGGGGUCCGGCGGCGUGGGCAAGUCUGCGCUCACGGUGCAGUUCGUGUCCGGGUGUUUCAUGGAGAAGUACGACCCCACCAUCGAGGACUUCUACCGGAAGGAGAUCGAGGUGGACGCGUCGCCGUGCGUGCUAGAGAUCUUAGACACCGCGGGCACGGAGCAGUUCGCGUCCAUGCGAGACCUGUAUAUCAGAAACGGACAAGGCUUCGUGGUCGUGUACUCGCUCACGAACCACCAGACCUUCCAGGACAUCAAGGGCAUGAAGGAGCAGAUCACCCGCGUCAAGGGCACAGACCGCGUCCCCAUCCUACUGGUGGCGAACAAGGUGGACCUGGAGCACCAGCGCGAAGUGAUCACGGCCGAUGGCAUGGCCCUGGCGCACAUGUGGGGCUGCCCCUUCAUCGAGGCCUCCGCCAAGAACAGGUGUAACGUCAACGAGGUCUUCGCAGAGAUCGUCCGGGAGAUGAACUUCAACCCUGGCAAAAAAGAACCCAACUACUGCUGUUGCGUUCUACUCUAACACCAGCUAUGAAUCAUAGGCACAUGAAGACUGCAUCUUCCUUAGAAGAUCCAUAAGGCCCUCAUAAGCAGUGCAGACACUCUCCUCAAGACCAAUAGUUAUCCAGAAGAUGUCUUCUGAAGAUAAUAAACACUCACCAGUGGAUCAUGGCGACAGUGAGGACUCUGCCAUACCUUGAUGUUAUCGACUUGCCAUCCAGUCUUCACCUGGGCGCCACAGGGACCAUCACCAUGGAAUCACUUGCCAUCUGAAGACCAUCCUCC